AGAGCCUGGGGUUAGAAAACCAAGGGGAAGCACCAGCAGCUCUGCCCUCGGCCACCUUCCCGAGAAGAUGCAGCCACUUCUACUCCUGAUGGCCUUUCUUCUGUCCCCCAGGGCAGAGGCAGGGGAGAUCAUCGGGGGGCAUGAAUCCAAGCCUCACUCUCGUCCCUACAUGGCACAUCUUGGGAACUGUGGGGGUUUCCUUGUGCGUGAGGACAUCGUGCUGACAGCAGCUCACUGUGCGAGACGUCUCUGCAGCUCAAUUACUGUCACCCUGGGAGCCCACAACAUCAAGCAGAAAGAGGAGACCCAGCAGAAAAUCCUGGUGAAAAAAGCCAUAAUCCACCCAGACUAUAAUUACCCUCAGUGUGCGAACGACAUCAUGUUACUGCAGCUGGAGAAGAAGGCCAAACUGAAUGCCAACGUGCGCCUCAUCAGUCUGCCCACAAUGACAGACCAGGUGAAGCCAGGGAUGGUAUGCAAUGUGUCUGGCUGGGGGCGUCUGGGAGUAAACACCACAGGUAAUGGGAAACUGCAUGAGGUAGAGCUUGAAAUCCAGAGCAACAACGUAUGCAGCUCUCGCUACAAACAUUACAACAGCACCAUCCAGAUAUGUGUGGGGGACCCGAAAAAGAUUCAGACUUCUUUUAAGGGAGAUUCCGGGGGCCCCUUCAUAUGUAACAACGUGGCCCAAGGCAUUGUCUCCUAUGGAAAUGACAAAGGAAAACCUCCGCGAGUUUACACCAGGAUCUCGAGGUAUUUGCCCUGGAUAAAAAGCACAAUGAGACGCUUCAAACUGCUGAGAACACAGUGAGGCAACCCGGAAUUGAUCCGUCCAUCUUCUCUGGGGCUCAGGCCAAUACUGCAUUGGGCUGAGAGGG